CUUUAAAAGGUAGAUAAGAGAAUACGUGAGCAAGGUAAGAGUCAUGGCUAGUGUCCGUGCAUCGAAUGGGAACUCCCCUGUGAUUUGCUUUAACUGUGGACAAGCAGGGCACAUUGCUCGUGAUUGUCCAGUGGGCAGAGGACAAGGUACGUUUAGCAACAAUGCAGGGUACUGGCAGUCCAGGCAACAAAAGGACAAGGAUUUCCGAAGAAUUAAGGAAUUGACAGACUUACAAAUCAAGAAGGCACAAGAGAAGAAAGAAAGGAAGAAAGUGGAAGAGGACAAGCGGAAAUUAGAUGCGGAACAGAGGAAGGCACGUUUGGAACAAGAACAGAGGGAAGAACAGUUGAGACGAAUGAUUGCAGAUACGGAAAGGAGAUGCUUUCAAGAAACGGAGAGAGUGGAACAAUUGGCGGAGGAAGCGGGACUGAGAACUAUUGCUUCCGUGGCAAGGGACUUGAGGGCGUUCAAGGAUGAGUUUCGUACGGAGGUGAAGAUGACAUUCGCGAUGAACGCUAAGACACCGAAGAGGGACAUAAGCUGGAUGAAUGCUAGUUUAGAAUCUUAUCUCACGGAGGAAGGGACACCGACGGAUGAAGGCAAGAAGAUUCCACUAAGAAGAACCAGAGGAAAGAGAUCAGCCCCUAGGUUUGGCGAAGUUGGCGAGUUUGAAGAAGAAAUGAGAGAGCAGACGAGAGAUGAGUACGAAGCCAAUCAAAGAGGAAAGGUUUCUACUCCGCAACCUGUUAGCUGCACCGCUCGUGGUGCAGUUGGGUCCAACAACAAGGGUGGUAUCAUGCAAGAGAUAUUGGGAACUCGUGACCGAUUAUUGAAGAAAGAUUUCCGGGAGAUUAAGAAGAUUUGUGAAGAGCGAGACGUCACGUACGUUUUGAAAGAGCAAGCGGUUCGGGAGCUUGUUAACCUCGCAACGGAUGGGAAGAUUGCUCUUGCUCAUGCGAAACAGAAGUUCGAAAUUGGUGGGUACCUUUGGGUGUCGCCAAUAGUAUUGAGUCUACUGACUCAAAAUGCGAGACAGAAGGGGAAAGGGUACUUACGACAAUUAUUAGAAAUGCCAUACAAACGCAAGGAGUUGUCGUCCAUGUUGAUAGAGAGGCUUAUGCACUUGUACAACAGUGUUGGUACCUUUAGUGGGAAGAAUACAAGGAAAGCGGUGAAAGAUUUCAUAGCUAAUGCAGUAGCGAAGAAGGCCGGAGUGAACGUCAAGAGGAAGAUUACUGUUAAAGUACAAUUUAGGAAGAAAGUUUGUAAGCGGGAGGUGAAGAACGUGCUCCUGAGCAAGAUUGGCAGUUGUGAGCUACACCCCGCUAUUGCUGGAUUACUUAGCAGAAAGCUGCAAUUUGUCAGGCGUCGGAAUCGAAGCGUAUCCGAGAUUCAGUGCAACCAUCGUAUCCUUAGUAGAAGUACAACGCUCAGUUGUACCUGCUCCGAGUAUGCACUCCCUCGUACCGACGGACAUAUCCUGGCCAGAAUCGGAGAGGUGGAAGCAGUCCCUCAACUGGCUCUUAACGGGAAGAACAUAGUACGCCCGAGGCUUGAGACAUCACUGGAGGAGCUUAGCACGGGCAUGAGGCAAGGGUUGACAGUUGUCCUUGGUAGCAGAGUUAGAAAGCACCUCGAAGACUUACAUUUGGAUAAGUGCUUUACUAUUGGUUGCAAUGAAGAAGGAAGGGGCGAUGAAUCACUUGUGCUUCCCGUGAAGCGGAAGUUGCAAGGAUUGGCUAUCACCCCUAUAGACAGAAAUGUUGGAGACAUGGUAGUCAUGUGCCCCUUACUCUAUGGAAGGAGGUUCGACAUGAUGUUUAUGUGGAAUGUUGCUUACCUUACGGUAAGCAACAAUGAAGCGGAGAUACUGCAGACGAUGAAGGCAUAUUACAAGAAUCAUGGACUGGACCAGCUCGCCGCGUGGAACUGCAAAGGAGCUAUUGGGAAAACUUUUGUCCUUCCCUGUAGCGAACCCUCCAGGCGUGGUGCUCCGCUAGGGAUGAUGACGGAGAUGGAGGAUGAGGGAGGAGCGAGACUGCACAGCGCAGCUCCCACGCAAGACUCUGGCGCACGUACUCCAAACUGUGCGGAUGUAGAAUGAUCUCGAAAACAGACAAUGGCUGGGGUAUACCCCAGUGGACUGACGGGACUGGACUGGACUGGCUGGUACCGACAGAGGUACCGGCCUGGACUGGACUGCCCUGAAUAAAACACAGGCCUGUGAGAACAGGCCAAGGGGCUGGUCUCACAGGCCAACUAGAGGUCCGCUACAUGAUCCUCGACCUGUGAUGGAUCGCCUAGAUACAAGCACGCUUCCGCCAAGAAGCGGAACUCUACCAAAGAAAAAAAAAACCUGAGUAGUCUAGGAUGCAGAGCGAGCUCCAUGCUGAGUCCAUGCGAUGCAACCUAGGAUAUAAAAUGUCACAAAACAACAAUGUCCCAGCUAACAGCCUAAGUAAAAGCAGACGCAACUA